AUGCGGCUUGGCGGCGGCUCGCGCUAUCAGAUCUUUCCGAGCCUCGUUCCUUCGGAUACGGUGGUGUGUGCGACGCCGCGGGCGCUGGAGACGUCCUUCGUGAUGGCGACGAAGAACCAGCGCAUUCUCUACGCCUCCUAUGAAGGUUUCAGCGCCUUGACGCUGCUGAACAGCUUCCCCGUCCGCCUCGCGGCGCCGAUCCACGACGUCCUCGUGAUCAACGACCUCUCCGAACACUCCGGGCUGCUGCUGGUGAACAAACGAGGGGGGUUUACGCUGAUGAAAGGCGUCUGGGAUCGGGGCUCGACGCCGACGGAGGCGGCUGUGUUCACCGCCUGCUUCCCCCCGCCGCGGGGGGGGUGGAUUGAUCUUCGGACGGUCUAUCAUGGCCCGACGCGGACGCUUUUUUACGGCGGCCCGAUUGGGGCCUCCGGGGCGACGGAGAUCCACGGCUUUCACGUCGCUGAGGAGCAAAUCGCGCAGCGGCUGGAGGUGCCGGGGAACCCUUCGCUCACCUGCCUCAGCGCGCACCUCUCGCAGCGGGCGCUGCUCGCGGGCUUCGCCGACGGCGUCGUUCGCUACUACGACGAUCGGCAGCGGCAGGGCGGGGUGAGCGCGGUCGCCGCCCUCCCCGCCGCGGAGGAUGCCAUCGGCGGGGGGGAGGCCGUUCUCGGCGUCGGCCCCAUCGCGAUGACGCCGUCGAGCACCUUUAGCAUCGCCGCGAUGACGCGCCACACACUCUGCCUGUUUGAUACGCGAAAAUUAAAUCAACCGGCGCUGCGGAUGGACGUGCGGGCCCUGCUCAACGCGGGAGAGGACGGAGGCGCUGGUGGAGGAGGGGGAGGGGCGCUCCCUUUUAUCACCUGCGGUGCGGUGGGGCUCUACACGGGGCUCAUCGGCCUCGGCUUCAGCGACGACAGCUACGCCGCGUUCAAUCCGAAAGGGAGGAUCCUCACCGAGGGAAGGAUCUACACCACCACCACCACCGCCACUACCUCCUCCUCCGCUGAGGCGGCCACGAACGCGCCGUUAAGUCGCUUUCCAAGGAGUUUUAUAUCGCACCCCUUGCGUCCACUGCUCUCCUUUGGUGGGGAUUUGAUGUUUUUCCAUUUGUAA